AUGUCAAAGUUGAAGCCGCGGUUGCCCAUGUCAACAGGCGAGUACGUCGGCGCCCCGCUACGCAGCGCGCCGCUCUCCAACCUCACGCCGCCGCUCACGAGCGCCGUCGCUACCAACUCGCUCAUCCGGGCGCCGACACACCGCGCCGCGAUCCACGACCUGCUCAACCGGCCGUCCUCGUCACGCGCGGCACUCGUUGUGCACUGGCUCAUCCUCGGCGCGAUCCUCGUCUCCACCCUCUGCUUUGUCCUCCAAUCCGAGCCGGCGAUGGCGUCGUGGCCCGGCUGGCGGCUCAUCGACGCGCUGGUCGCUGUCGGCUUCACGGCAGAGUACAUCACUCGCAUCAUCGUCGCCCCCGACGGGCGUGGCGACGAGGCGGCGGAGGAGGACGGGCGGAGGCCGCAGCCCGCGCCCUCCCCAACUGGGCGGUUGCCGGCUCAUUCCGAUGACCUGCCCGCGCGGCUGCGCCUCGCCAAGCAGCCGAUGAUGGUCAUCGACCUCGCGGCGAUCCUCCCCUUCUGGAUCGGCCUCGCCCUCGCCGCGUGCGUCCGCCGCUGCUUGCCCGCGCUGCGGCUGCUUCUCUUCUUCCUCAUGCUGCAGAACCUGGUCCUGGGAGGGUUCGUCUUCCACGCGGAGGCGCGGCUGGCGACUCGUGAGUAG